AUGGCAGUGGAGCCCAGCAAGAGGCAGAAGCAACUGGAUGCCAAUGUGGCCUUGCAGAAACACAGCUCUGGGAUGUUGGCAGAAUGCAAAGGGUCAGAGAGGUAUUUGACUGUGGGUGCCAGUCACAGCACUGCUUUCUUCAGGGCAGUGCAGGGAAACUGCAUGUCCCCAGGUGGAAAAAGCCUGAGCAUGCAACAGGUGGUGGAGGGCAAGGGUGAAGGACACAUUUUUGAAAAGCUUUGCAGAGAAGGCUGGCAGUGGCUGGUGAUCAGCUAUGAGGUGGAAGAUGUCUUCCCAGCCUUGCCUGCUAUGUACGAGAGAGCACUCAAUUGCACCAAUUCUGCCACAGUUGUGACAGGUGAGCUGGAGAUUGCAUGCCAGAUUGCCCAGAACUACAGCUUGUGCAAAGAUCUGAACAAGGCAGUGCAACAGGCUGCAGCAGGGCAGCCCAGGUGUGCAAGCUAUCUGCCCACCAUAGGACACUAUGUCAGGCUAUAUGGUGGCGGGGACAAGUUUCCUUUGAUCACAUUUUUGAAGGAAGUCAGCAAGUCAUAUGGGCAUUCCUUGCUGAUUGGUGAAGAGUUCUUUUCCAGCAUUACCUAUGCAGAGUUCAAGAUGAAGACCUCCAUGGCUCCUUUCUUGAGGGCUGCAGUGCUUUGCACCCAACUUACCUCACCCAAGCAUUGUGAUGGGAUCAGCAAGUUGCUGACAAAGAGUGAUGUGGACAAGAUGAAGAGUGUGCAGAUGCUGGCCAAGGUGGAGGAAGCAGAAAAUGUGCUCUGUGCAGGGUGGGCUGCUUGCCUGAUGGAAAAGGCCAGCCAGGAGCACAGCACUGCAGCAUUUGGCCGCUUGUGCAUCAGGACAGUCCUUCACUUGGCCAGCAAAGAGAAGCACGGCAGAGAGCCAGCUGGAUGGCCCAGUGUUGCUGCCAUCAGCAAGGCUUUUGCAGAGGAGAUCAAGCAACCAAAGGCAAGCAGUGUGACUGCACAUGAAAAGCCAGCCUGCAGCCCCUCCAAAGCCAAGAAGGAUGCAGGCUUGCCAGAGAACUUGCUUGAAAGCAGCCCUGCCCACACUGCACUUGUGCUGAAUAAGCACAUCACAAUUGGCAACUUGUACACUUGCAGCCAGCAAGGUGGUAAAGUGCUGAAGCUUGUGAAGGUUGACAAUGAAGGUGCUCUCUUUGUUUACACACCCUUGCUAGGGGCAGCAGAGGAAGUGGUGGUCAAGCUGGACAACUUGAAGAGCAUGAGGCCUAGCAAGCAGAAAGAACAGACAGCUUGCCCAAGCUCUGUUGCCAAGGGGCUGUUGCCACAAAACUCAGAAGCUUUGCAAGAGAUGGAGGCAGUGAGCAAGGCUCAGCUAGCCCUGGUGCAAGCAUUCAUGAAUGGGAAGCAGCCUUCAGAAGAGGACAUCAUGUUCAGCAACCACCCUCCAGGAGUUGUCAGCCAGAAGAAGUUCAAAGCCAAGCAGUUAGUGCUGAUGUCCAUUGGUGCAGUCAGCCUUUGCAAGGACCCUGCUGCAAGCAGGCUCCCCAAGCUUGUGUGUGGCAAGGAUGUCUUCACAGUGUCCCAGCCCAAGUUGUGGCCAGACUUUGCAAAGCCGGCACCAGAGCAGUGCAUGAUGAGCCCUUUCUGGUGGGUGAGGACAACAUCAGAGGAGGACAAGGUCAAUAUGGUCAGAAAGCCAAUCACUAUAGGCAAAAUGGAGAUACCUUGCCUGGUUAACUGCAAAGCUGUAGAGAAAGGGGACAUGCUGCUGGAGGCCAACACCAAGCUCUGCCAUGAUAUGAAGGAUGUUGAACAGGAGCCUGUGAGGAAGAGGGCCAGAACAAAGCAAUCAAGCUAA